AUGGACAAAUAUCGACCAAAGAGACCAACCACCCUGGCUCUGUUUCCCCAGCUGCCACAAGCCGGCACCCAGGACUCCAUUAACAACAACUCUUUAGGCAAGAAGGACAGCUGGAAGGACUCCCGCUCUUCCUCCCCACACAUAACAGGGGAUCUUACACCACCGGGUGUCAAACCAAAGGCGGAGGACAAGGUCCAACACAGCACGCGCCGCCCCGCCCUAAAAUCUCCCAAAACCAAUGGAGCCAACAGCAGAGCCAACACUCAGGCUGCUGCCACCACUGCAGACAUACGUGCUCGACCGCGGGAAAGGCCGUUGUCCAGGGCCACAUACACACAGUCCUCCAGCACACCGAGGAGUCAAAGGAGAGGACGAGUAGCAGGAGGAAGAGGGGUAGGAAGAGGAGUGACAGCAAUGAGAGAAAGAAACCUGGGGGACAUCAGAGGAAAAGAUGGAGUGUCAGCAGGGAAGGAAGAUAGAAGAGGAGGAAGACUGUGUGAGGAGUCCAAGGGGAAGGAAAAAGAGAGGAAUGGACAUCAGAGGCCAAGAGAAGCAAAUGGACUGAAAAGCCAGGGGGCUGAUGGGAAAGGAAAAGUAGUUGCUAAAGGGGGUAACAGAGGAGGGGGACUGAAGCCAAAUAACAUACUGUCUAACCAGGAAGUUGUACUGACAGCGAUGGUGGUCCCACGCACACCUGUAGCGCCAAGAAACCAGGACAAGACCCAAGACCAAGGCCAAAACCAUGACAGGACUCAGGACAACCCCUCUGUCCUCUCUCGGUCCAGCAGUGAGGGGGGGUCAAACAGAAUGUCCCUCAGCUCAGACACAGAGGGCCCCCCACCAGGGCCCCUGCAUCCCUCUCUAUCCCACCGAAUUAACCCUGACAUCAGUGAAGAAGAGGGGGAGGGAGAUCCAACUGCCUGUGUUAACACCCAGAAUGGUCCAACCCUCUGCCUUGCAGGUAAUGGAAACACAGAGAUGGACUGUACCAAAUCAGAGGUGGAAGCAGGGGGAAGAAAAGAUGACAAUAAUACUAAGGUGGAUGGCACCAACUCUGUCACUGAAGGAAACUGUGUGGCUGCUCAUACUCUACCAAAGAGUGAAGGUAAAGCAGGGUUAAAUUUUCACACUGCUAAAUACACUCUGGUGGUCGAUGAACACGCUCAAUUGGAGCUGGUCAGCAUCAAGGACUGCUUGCAUGGUUUCGAGCACAAUGAUGACAGCGAUACAGAGACGGUCUAUCAGUCAGCCAAUGAGGAGGAAGACCCAGAGUAUGAGGAGGAGAGGAAGAGGACAGAGGAAGCAAGGAAGCAAGACAGGAGGAAAGAGGAGGAAAAGAUAAGAAAGGAGGAGGAGACGAAGAAGAGGAGGGAAGAGGAUGUGAAGAGGAAGAGGGAGGAGGAGGUGAAGAGGAGGAGGGAAGUUGUGGCAAGGAUCUCUAAGCAGUCCAAGGUAACGUCAACCACAACUUCAGAGGAAGACGAGUCCAGCCGAGGAAGGGUCGGAGCUUCCAGAAGCAGGAAGUUCCUCAACCUAUUUGCCAACAACAGCAGCCAUUACAGUGCCACUGGUGCUGGGUCAUUUGGUGUGUUCUCCUGUGUUUUGGAUGGAGUGGAGAGACAGCAGAGCCACAGAGCUGUCUACAGGUUUGUCCCUCGGCAUGCAGAUGAACUGAAGCUAGAGACAGAUGACCCAGUAUUAAUGCUGAACCAGUCUGAGGACCUGUGGUGUCAGGGUUACAACAUGAGGACUGGAGCUACCGGUAUAUUCCCUGCCUUCUACGCUGUCAGCGUGGCCAAAGAUAUUAACCAAGUCCAGAAAGAUGGUUGGAUAGAGCAGUUCCUAGUGCGAUUCCUGGGUUCAGUUCAGGUCCCCAUCCACAAAGGCAACGACGUGCUGUGUGCUGCUAUGCAGAAGGUGGCGUGUAACAGGCGGCUGGCUGGUCAGCCUCCCUCAGCCUGUGUGCUGGAGGUCAGUGUGAAGGGUGUGAAGAUCAGCGUCCAGGACCAGUGUCACUCUGCUCACAGGGGGGACCAGUGUUUCCAUUUCUUCCAGUUAAAGAACAUCUCAUUCUGUGGCUGUCAUCCAAAACACAGCAAGUAUUUUGGUUUCAUCACCAAACACCCUGACCAACAGCGCUUUGCCUGUCACGUGAUGAUGUCAGAGACAACACUACAUCCUCUGGCUGAGUCUGUAGGGAGGGCAUUCCAGCAGUAUUACAAGGAACACAUUGGCUACUCCUGUCCCACUGAAGACAUCUUCAUUGAAUAACACCUCUCCUCCAUCCACACUAUGUACUGAAUACUCACUAUGUGCAUGUAAGCCUGGUCUUACACCACAAACUGGACCACAGAUAUACAUUCGUCAGAAUACUUGCAUGGUGGAUUUCUUUUCAUUGCUGCAUCUAGUGAUACAGCGAGCUUUUCCUUCCAUUGGCCAUGUCACGAUAUAAAUACCUCUAAGGAUGGAUAGGAUCACAUGAGAUGUCCCAUACAGUGAGAACAAAUGUAACAUAGACCUCCCAAAACUCAAACACAAAUAUCUGAUAUUGAUAUAUUUUAUGGGCUAAAAUUACUCAUAUGUAACUACAUGUAAAUAUUGGAUUAUCGUAUAGACAGCCUACAGGACUAUGGAGUUAAUUUACUGACAGAAUGUUUAUAUAAUCAAUGUGAACCAUUUGAGUCAUGUAUUAAAAAAACAAGUCAUCAACAUUGUUAGCAGCUAUGUGAGGCUGUAUUUAAGCACACCGGUGCUACUGCAAAUGCUAAUGUCAGCAUGCUAACAUGUGCAUGAUGACAAUGUUCAGCAGGUAAUGCUUGCCAUGUCAGCAGCUAGCAUUUGCUAAUAAGCACUAAACACAGUACAGCUGAGGCCCAUGGGAAUGUCAUUAGUUAUGCAGGUCAUGAACCAAACUGGAUUAAAAGUCUGGGGCGGUUGAGACAUCUCGUCUCAACAUGGGGGUUCACUAAAGUCAUUAAGAUUCCUUCUUUGGUGGCCAUAAAUGUCAACAAUAUUUCAUCACAGUUUAUCCAAUAUUUGUCAAGAUAUUUUAGUCUGUAAAAAAUG